AAUGUUUCGUUUGUUAUUCAUGACAUCGAGGCACAAUCUGCAGAAAUCCAAACAAAAUUAAUGCGCGAAGUUGAAGUUAUUGAUUUGAAGAGAUUUAAAGUUAUGAAUAAUUCAAUCUAUCAGAAAUUAUCAUAG